CUUGCAAGAACAGCUCAUGAAGCCAUGGGAGGCAGGCAACCUUCACGACGGACGGAGGCUCUAAUGAGCUUUGAUCACCAGGCUCUCACUGGGGCUGUAUGGGAUUCUGUUACCACUCAAAGUUUACAGGAAGAAGUUUCCAUCCAUCGUGAUAAAGUCUGCUUUUCUGGAGCAUUAGUAGAAGACUUUUAUUCACCCCUGUCAGCAUGAUAUCAAAGGGUCAUGAAAUACAUAGGAGCUCAAGAUACUCAAGAUGUAAUAGAGACACAGUAACUGCUCUGCAGAUUGGGCAGUCCAUUGUGAAAUGGCACCACAUGGAGCAUACGGCUCCCAAGCUAUGGGAUGCAUACAUAAGCAUCUUAAGUCAUCAAGCCAUGAUCCUGUCCAUAAACUCCAGCUUUGUGGAUCCCUUACUACAAUUUGAAACUCAGUUGGAGAUAAUACAGUCGUCCUUUAAAAUGGUAUUUGCUAUCCCCAGUCUUGAAGAAAUGAAAGAAGUGGGGAACAGCACAGAGGAUGACGAGGAGGAUCUAAGGAAUUUAUACCACACUAUUUUACACAUAUUCGAGACCACUCUUCUGAUCUUAGUGUCUAAAGACCUCUACAAACUGCACAUCUUAAAGGAAAUGAUCGUGUGGAUGAACGAGGACAGCUCCUACCUGCAGGAGAAAGUCCUGGUAGUCAUCAGCAGGGUGCUCAGCUUUGCAUCCAAGAAAGUGAAAAAAUACCCAAGUGUGGAUGCUCCAUGUCUGGGGCUCCUGGCAGCAGAACUGUCUCUUCUAUGUUCCCAUACGGAUCCGUCAAUCACACAACAAGCAUCCUUGGGAAUGCAUCACGUCCUCAGCAUUGCACAGUGUCAGAAUGAUUUCAUAAAAAAUGAAAUCGAAAGCCAUUCGUUCCUGCCUUUGCCCUCUGAUACAGAGCUCCUACACAACAUCUUACAAGACAAAACUAACAUUGCUCAGAGGGUAGGACAAGCCUUACUGCCCUCCUUGCUGACUGACUUUGUGUGGAGUCUCUUGAUGAAACUCUCUGCACCCAGUUUUACAACGGCACAUGAGGCGGCCACCAUACUGAACUUGACUCUAGAAUACCACGUCUACAAGGUCAUCAUGGUGUCUAAGAUUGUGGAUACUAUUUAUAUGCAACUGUGUGAAAAUUCUCCGCACCAGAUGCAGAGCUCUAUGUUGCGGGUCAUUACCCUGCUGACACGCGCCUCACCCAAGAAGGUCAUUUUUCAGUUGAUGGACUAUCCAGUCCCAGCAGACAACGCUGUGAUCCUGAUGUUGCAAGCAGCUGGUUCCGAGCCCCACGUCGCCCCACAUGUGCUGAAGACAAUCUUGUUGAUACUGAAAGGAAAGCCUGGGGAAAAACCAGGCAACCUAAUGGACAGAAGACGGUUCUCUAUCGAUGCUACUAAUAUGAUGCCCGUGGCGGCAUCCCACGCCCUGUGUACAUUGCUGCCUGUUGGUUCGUACAAGAAAGUGGUGGCCCAGUUUUUCCCUGAACUCUUGAUGGCCCUCAUGUUUCAACUCUUUUACAGCAGCGACAUGAGACUGGUGACAGAGGGCAGGCAUUUCUAUGCCCGGGAUGCACUGAGAAUUCUGCUGAAUUGCUCUGGACUGCAAGAGGUGGAAAUUGCUCUGAAGAAAAAGAAUUGCUGGGACGAGUUUUCCCAAGAGCUGUUUGACCACCAUGGGGUCUAUCUUGUUGCCAAAACUCUCAGUGACUAUAACUUUCCACAGUUCCCAGAGACCUUGCAUUAUCUCCACAAGCUCUCGGUGGAAGGUCCGAGAUGGUCAGAGGACAGUGUUAUCACAGUCAUUUUCCUCACUGAACUUCUGAACAGCUUCUUCAAGGACCCAUUCCCAGAAGAAUUUUUGGUUCUCUUCAGAAACUGGGUCAAUGACUCCAAUCCUGCAGUGAGCAAACUGAGCCUUCAGAAAAUCGCCAGCAUGGCGCCAGUUGUCAAUCAGAUAGAAAACGUCUGCAGCUUAUUACUAUCCAUCCUGAAUGCCUUCCUUUCCAAAGACAAGACGGUUGUUAGUCAGGCUCUGCUCACCCUUCGGAGACUCUUGGGCAAGCUGGACAAGGUGACCUAUUCCUCCUUGUGUACCAGGAUUGCUUCCAGCUACUGUCCUCUCAUGGAUCACAGCAAUGGGGGCAUUCGGAGUAUGGCCAUCCAACACUUCGGUGAAUUAAUCAAGGACAUGAAUCACUACACCUGGAUGCUGAAUCCUGUGGUUCUCAAAGGCUUGGUGCCUCUGAUCCUGUUUCUGGAGGAUACAGAUAUAAGAGUCGUCAAUGCCUGUAAAUAUACAUUAGCAAUCUGUGUUUCCGAAUUAAAAUGGUCACCGACGUUUUUGCUCAACGAUCAAUGUUACAAUUUUGAGCAGGUCGUGCUCAACUUCUGUAACAAUCUGCUCAUUUCACAUGGGAACUACAUUACAGAUUUGAUCGCUGACACCUUAGGAUUCCUGGGGAGCUCCCAAGCAUAUCUGAGGAGAGCAUCACUUAUUUUAAUAGGCUACUUGGCAACAUUGGGUGGCCAUUUACUGUUCAAAGAUGAACUUCAAGUCAUGUUUGAGGCUAUUGAGCCACUGCAUCGGGAUAAGGAUCCUGUCAUCAGGGAGCUGGCACAGACGACCUACAAACUUUUUAAGAAAGUGGCCCAUAAAUUGACCUCCUCAAAUAUUAAACAAAGCUUCCAAAAAAUGUUUAGCUUCAUCUACAUCAAAAAAUUGAAGCCUCUUUAUAAUUAUAACGGCACCAACAACCUGACAUACAGUCCUGCAGGGAUUAAAGAAACCAAGAAUGAUAAGAAACGCCCCAUAUACGAGAUUUACGAAGACAUUUGGUGA